AUGGCUGCGCAACCGGUCAACGGAAACAUGGGAAUGGGCGGCGCAGGUGGUGCAGGUGGUGCUGGACCCGGCGCUGAUGCCGUAGUGGCCAAGAUCCACGAGGCCCUCGGGGUUGUCUACAGUCCCCAGUCCUCCAAUACCGCCCGCAAAGAUGCGCAAUGGUUUCUCGAAAACAUCAAAGACACUCCCGAGGCCCCGUCACACGGCUUCCACCUAGCUUCCGACAAGCAACAGUCCCCCGUCGUCAGACACUACGCCCUAUCGUUACUCGAGCACGCAAUCAAACACAAAUGGGCAAGCUACGCAGGAGCACAGGCCGACGCUCUGCGCAGCUGGGUCUUGGAGCUCUCGCAGAACAUCUCCAAGGGCGACCCUGCCUACAUAAGGAACAAGAUCGCACUGCUAUGGGUUGAGAUUGCCAAGAGAAGCUGGGCGGCAGAGUGGAUGGACAUGGACUCGCUCCUGGUUCAGCUAUGGCAGGUCCCCGAUUCCGGAGUCCACAAGGAGUUGGUCUUGGUUAUUAUAGAGAUCCUGUCCGAUGACAUUUUCAACGGUGACGACCCAGUGGUUGGCCUUCGCGAAGGGGCCCUUAGUAAGGCCUCCGUCGAGAUAUUCACACCUGCUGUCGUCCUGGCAGAGGCCUUCCCGAAUCGAGAAUCUGGACCCGAUGUCAGGUGCGGAGAGGAAGGCUGGCUUGCAAGGAUCACUGACCUGCUGCGUCAUUGCCUCUCUGGGGACAUACGGGCGAACGAGGAUCUGCAAAGUUGUGCUGUGCGAGCGCUUGCUGUCAUCUACUCUCUAAUGCCCUGGGUCAUCCCGAAGGCUGUGGCCGUCACUGGGUGCGUGCCGGUCUUGUGCGAGGGCCUUGGUGCAUCUCACGUUGAAGUACAAAAGGCUUCAUUGGAGGCACUGCAUGCUCUGUACACCCGUACAAGCCUUAUCGACCAGGAAUUCCUUGACUUGGUCGUACCACUAUACCAUCGCAAAUACGUCGGCCUGUUCACUGGGCUCCUAGAGUGGUCCGUAGUUGAUCCUGACGAUUUAGAUGAUGACAAGUAUCAAUUCUCCAAGAAGCUAUCAGAGAUGGUCUCGUUCCUCGGAAAUUACAUGGACCGACGUUUUGCUGUGCUCCCAGCAGAUCCAGAGCGGGUUGACUUCCAGGGUUUCUUGCAACUUCUUCUUCUUGCCACCCAAAGCCAGAGUCUAGUAGUGUCCAUUCCGGUACUUGUAACAUGGACUCGUCUACUGAACAAUCGAUCCCUUGGCCCAAGCAUUGCAGGGAUUUCUACAUUUGUUGCGCCGCUCCUGGAGGUAUGCAGCUCCAGGCUCAUCCGCUACGAGAGUCUCCCUGAGGAUACUGAGGACCCUACCUUUCGUUUCUUACUGGAAGAUACCGACACAGUUCCUGAGCGACAUGCUUUCCUGGGCAACUAUAGACGCUACAGCGCACAAGUCAUCGAGACCAUUGUGCUGCUCAAGAUAUCUGAUGCAAUGCAACACAUACUAAGCCAGACGGAGAAUGUCUUGGAGCAUCUGUAUGAUGGCACUCCAGGUUUCGAUAUUGCAAAUUAUUCCAAAACAUCUCAGCCGGUCCUGCGCGUCGAUGCCCAAGCUACAGUCAUUGAGGCUGCCUUGAAGGGAUUUGGCAAGUGGCGGUCGAAGUCGUCAGGAGGCGAGCUCCGUAAACAGGAAUCGACCGCUCUGGAGAACAGCUUGGAAGCAUGGUGUAACCGCCUGCUCGCGAUGAAGUUUGAGGAUCCCUUAAUCAGGAAGAGAAUCUUGCAACUCCUUGUGGCAUUCUCUACAUCUGCGCUCGACAAGAACCCGUCAUUCAUGCUCAAAGUCCUGGAACACAUUCUGGUCACCUGGCCGUCGACACACCCAAGAUACCAAAUGUAUACCGAUGCGAUCAAAGAUCUGCAGGCAGAGAGCAUGGUGGAACUGCAGAGGCUCGCCAUAAAAAUGCCCGACCAUCUGCUUGACGUUUACGACAGGAUCGCAACAAAGGUUGAGGAGAUGAUCGGUUCAGGAACACUCGACGAAAAGCGACAGAUCACGUAUCAGACUUUUCUGUUUACCAUCAUUCACCGAUCUACUCGGGUCGACGAAGCCACGAAGAUCCAGAAGCUUCAACCUUUCAUAGACCCCGUCAAGUCUCAAUGGCAGGACACCCGUCUGAAGCAGGCCUUAUCCUCGCAUGCUGGCUUCUUUGAGCUUAUGGCUCUUGACAAAGCUCAAAGCUAUCUAGCCCGGAAGCGGAUGCAUGAGAUCCCUGACUGGGGCGCCGUGGAGCUUGAUGCCGAAGGGCAAGCUCUGCAAGCCGAACUUGAAGAUCGCCAAACCCUUUUGCCCUUGCGCCCUACAAAAUCGUUCCUCCAAUGCUCCAUCGACAAGCUUGACAAAACUACGCAGCCAUACCAGGUUUCGUGUGCUUUAUGGGGUAAUGGGCUCUCUCUAAUGCUGCCCGAGCUCCUCAAUUUCCUCAGUCAUGCACAUGCUUCUCACUCGACCGACAACUGGACCGGACUACCAUCAGAAAUGAGACCCAUCGUUAGCCGCGUUCUCACUGACCGAUUUUGGCAAGCCGGCAUCUCGGAAGGCAGUAAAGAUGAAUUCUAUGCCCGGGUUAUGGAGAAGAAGCUCACCUUGGAGGGUUUGGCCUCGACAAUUCGAGGAUCCAUACGCUUUGUGCGAGAGACUUGCUACGCCAUUCUCUAUUGCAUGACGAAACUGGAGAUGCAAUUCUAUGGCUUUAGUGAGCUGCCCGAGCCGUUGGCCCGCGCUCUUCUAGCCGACUCGUUCAGCCUCUCGGCGCAUCAGCUGGUGAAUCUCCUAAAUCUGGUACGAUUUCUGGUGGACAACUGUCCAGUACAGCUGCGAGGACAGUUUCUACCUCCCAUCCUCGCAGCGUGCUUUCAGCGGGUGGAUACCAGAGUGAACGCGGAAUGGGCACAACUCGACGAACAACAAGGCGUCAAGUCCGACGGAGACGCUCUUACCGAGGAGAUGAAAUCCGAGAGCAUCUUGCGACAACUAACGUACACAGCCGUGAUGAUGGUGGCUGACUUCCUGGACCCGGCUCGGAAAAACGCCCCAGCUGGAUCAUCUGACUCGGGAGAGGCACAGGAAUACCCCUCCCUGCGGAGGUUCUGCUUGAUGCACUCCUCCAUUGCCGAACCCCUUCUGGUAUUUUGCACCCACGUCUUACGGAUACGAGAUUCGCGAUGCUGCGGUGUAAUGCUGCGGGUAUUCAAGUCCAUCAUCCCGGAUUUUCAAGUUAGCGAGAGCUCUUCACAACACUUGAUCGCGGAGGCAUCCAGAAACGGAGGUGAUGCAUGGUCAAUACCUUCCGGCACAGCCUCGGUGAUCCGCGAGUACAUCUCGUCGGAGGUGGUCAAGGCCUGUAUCACGUCGAUCCACGAACCUUACUUUGUCGAGCUGCAGAAGGAACUGGCGUCCCUUAUUGCUACCAUUGUGAGCAGUUAUUCUCGUUUCACGUCCACAGCGCGGGACGUACUGGUUUCCCUUCCGAACAUGAAGCCGGACGAGGUGGACCGCGGCAUUGAGCACAUGAGGAAGGCCGGCACCAGCAGCCGCGGACAGCGAGCGGUCAUCCUCGAGCUUUUGCGCGAACUCAAAGGAGUUAGUAUCUCAGAGAUGGGUAAGCUGAGCAAGAGCAUUGGGCAGCCAGUCACUAGGGCCAAGCGACCACCUCGCAGCAAGUUGGCACAGAAAUUCAUGACGGAUGCGGCACCGGCCAACGGUGGGCCGGGUGCGGCGGGCCAGUCGACGAGUAAUGGUCAAGCAGAUGGCGCUGAUGACCUCGAGGGCGUUGCCAGACUGUUCGAAUCAUAG